AUGACCGAGAUUAGCAACAUGGUCUCCUACUACCCGCCGCUGAUGUACCGCCAGCAGGCCGCGGCUUCCCAGACGCCUCAGUCGACGGCCGAGCAGUCGCCCUCGCCCACCCAGGGCUCGCCUCAGCAGCAGCAGCAGCAACAGCAGCAGCAGCAGCAGCUGCUCAACCAUCAGCAGCAGCAGCAGCAGCAGCAACAGCAGCAGCAGCUCGAGGCCGUGGCCGCCGCGAACCAGCAGUGCCCACCCUGGUACAACUACACUCACGCUGCCGCUGUGGCCCACCAUCACCACCAGGCCCAGCAGUAUUUUGCCGAGCACGAGGGCUCGCUCUGGCCCCAUCCGCACCCCUACCUCCAGUAUCAGCACCACCAGCACUACCAGCAGCAGCAGCAGCAACAGCAGCAGCAACAGCAGCAGCAACAGCAGCAGCAGCAGCAGCAGCUACAGAUCGCCACCAGUCAGCUCGACUGGAGCGGCGACGAGACCAACAACAACAGCAGCGGCAACAACGGUGUCGGAGCUGGGGAGCCCAGUCCGCCCAUCACCGUAAGCGGCAGCGAGAUCAGCAGCCCCGGCACACCUGCUACACCGCCAGCCAACAACAACACCCUGGCGGCCAUCAACAACAACGUCAACACUCCCAUGAGACCCGGACAGAACAGGAGCCCCUACGAGUGGAUGAAGAAGCCCUCUUAUCACAACCAACCAAAUCCAGGCAAGACACGAACGAAGGACAAGUACAGGGUCGUCUACACCGAGCACCAGAGGCUCGAGCUCGAGAAGGAGUUCUACUCUAGCCGGUACAUCACCAUCCGCCGCAAGGCAGAACUCGCCAGCAGCCUCGCCUUGUCCGAGCGUCAGGUCAAGAUCUGGUUCCAGAACCGCCGAGCUAAAGACCGCAAGCAGAGCAAGAAACGCGGCGAGCUCGAGCAGCGCGACGUCAAGCCGAUGAUCGACGCCCACGGUGUGGCCCACCCUGCACACGGACACCCACACCCACCGGUCAGCGGCAUGGCUGGACUCAGCCUCACUGGUAUGAGCAUGUCCGGGAUGCUGGGAGGUCUGAUUCAUCAAAAUUCAUCACCUCCGCUAGGACAUCAUCAUCCCCAUCACCAGGCCGUUGCUGCCGCCGCAGCGGCUCACCAUCACGCUCUACUCGCCGCACACCACACACCCCAACACUCGGUGCUCGGAAUCUGACCGACUGGCGCCGAGGAUUUUGCCGAAACACAACAACAGUUGUUCAUACCCGAGUGCUAACCGUCGGUCUUCCAUUAGUUCGCGAAAAUGCGAGCAACGUAUACUUUUUUCCCGAGUCGGUCGCUGCGUAGGAAACGGGAGAGCUGCGCAUCGCUUUUCACUGCCUCAAUCGACGCGCAGAACGCGCAGCUCUCUCCGGGAUUACUCGCUUUUCCGGCGACUCUCUCUCUCUCUCUCUCUCUCUCUCUCUCUCUCUCUCUCUCUCUCUCUCUCUCUCGGAUGAAAAAGGCAAUUUUCAAGUUUGCUACCGAGCCCGCGACAAUGGACGGCGAUUUUCCCUCGGGGCACGUGCGCUAAGCUGUGUGUGUGUGUGCGCAGAGACGGACUAAAGUUUAACUGAUCUCGCCGCUGAGCGUAAAACGAUAAAGUAGUAGAGUUUGGAGAUUGUGAGUGGUGAAAAGUUUCGAAUAUAUAUAGUGCGCGGACAGGAGAGAGACACUCGCGAUGCGUAUAGAG